GACCCGAUGGCACAAUUAACUGAACCCAAAGAGGGUCUAGGUAUGGGUCGGGUGCGAGUCGAUUUCUGCAUCUUUGGGGCAGAAAGGUGAAAACUCAAUUCCUCUUCUGUACAUGGAAGAUCCAUCAACUCAAUGUAACAUCCCCUCACUAUCCUCUGCCAUGUCCAGGUACUUCUCUCUCAUCACCCCACUCUCUCUCUUCCCUGCAGCAAAAUCCAUUCACACCACCACCACUCUUCUCCAGCGGAAACCCAACCAUGGCCCCCCAUUAACCCAAACCCAACUCAUAGAAACGCUCUGUAGAAUCCUCAUUCUCAAUCGCCUUGAAGCCAUUAGCCAUCUCUCCUUUGAUUUCUCAGAUGAAUUGGUUGAUGGGGUUCUCAGAAAACUCAGGCUUCGCCCUGUUGCCAGUUUAAAUUUCUUCAAGAUUGCACAGCAACAACAAAAAUUCAGACCCAACUCACUAUGUUACUGCAAAAUCAUUCACAUUUUAUCGAGAGCGAAAAUGUUCAGUGAGGCUCGCCAGUACCUUAAUGAAUUGGUUUCUUUUUCUACCUCUAAAUGCUCAGAUUCUCUGGUUUUUUAUGAGUUAUUGGAUGUUUUCAAGGAAUUCUCAUUCUCUCCAACUGUUUUCGAUAUGCUUUUUAAGUUAUAUGCUGAGAAAUGUAUGUUAGGAAAGGCUCUCCAUGUGUUUGAUAAUAUGGGAAAGUUUGGCUUUAGCCCAAGCUUGAGAUCAUGUAAUAGUAUAAUCAGUGCUUUGAUUAGGAAGAAUGAGAAUCAUACUGUGUUCCAUGUUUUCGAGCAAAUGCAGAGAAUUCGGAUUUUUCCUGAUGUGUACACUUACACCAUGGUUGUUAAUGCUUAUUCUAAGGAUGGUAAAAUGUGUAAAGCUGUAGAAUUAUUAGAGGAAAUGGAGAGAAAAGGUUAUGAACCAAAUCUUGUUACUUAUAAUUCUCUGAUAAAUGGGUACUCUAAUUUAGGAGAAACUAAGGCAGCUCUCAGGGUUUUUUAUUUGAUUUCUCAAAGGGGCCUUGAACCCAGUGUUAUUACAUUCAAUUUAUUGAUUAAAGGAUACUGUCGAGAAGGUAAGAUGAUAGAAGCCGAGAAAUUGCUCAGAGAGAUGAAGGAGAAAUAUUCUCUGGUUCCUGAUGAAGUUGUUUAUGGUACAAUUUUAAAUGGGUAUUGCUUAAUUAGUAAAUUGGAAGACGCAAUUAGGGUUCAGGAUGAGAUGUUGGGCUCGGGACUGAAGGCAAAUAUUGUUACUUCAAAUACAUUACUUAAUGGGUUCUGCAAGAUUGGCAUGCUUAAUGAAGCAAAGCAAUUAAUUAGGGAUAUGGAAAUUCGAGGACUAGUUCCUGAUUCAUACAGCUAUAACACUCUCCUAAAUGGGUUUUGCAAGGAAAAGAGGUUUAUGGAGGCAUUUAAUCUUUGUGACGAGAUGCUUAGCAGAGGGGUUGAACCCACUGCCUUAACAUAUAAUACACUUAUUAAAGGCCUGUUUCGUGUGGGAGAUAUUGAUGAGUCCUUGAAACUUUGGCAAAUGAUGAGGGAACGAGGGAUAAAUCCAGAUGAGGUUACCUUGAGCACUUUACUUGAUGGGUUUCUCAAAUUGGGGAAAUUUGAAGAAGCUUGGAAGCUAUGGGAGCGAAUGUUAGUAUUGGGCCAUGCCAAGAAUCAAGUCACUUUCAAUACUAUGAUUAAUGGGUUAUGUAAGAAGGGGAAAUUGUGUGAGGCUGAGGAGCUCCUGGAUAGAAUGAGAAACUCUGGAAUUUUGCCUGAUAGUAUAACAUAUAGAACUCUUAUUGAUGGUUACUGUAGAGAGAAGAAUAUGGUAAAAGCUUUAGAAGUCAGGGAAGAGAUGGAAAGGAAAGGAAUUAAACCUGCAAUUGAGAUGUAUAAUAGUUUAGUUGGUGGAUUGUUUAGUUGUGGGAGAAGCAGUCAGGUGAAAGAUGUCAUGGCUGAUAUGGAGAAGAGGGGGUUGAAUCCUAAUAUUGUGACUUAUGGUGCUCUCAUUGAUGGGUGGUGCAAAGAAGGAAGGCUAGAUAGAGCUUUUAGUGUCUAUUUUGAAAUGGCUGAGAUGGGUUUUACUCCAAAUCUGAUAAUUUGUAGCACAUUGCUCAGUGGCCUCUAUAGACUUGGUAAGAUAGAUGAAGCAAACAUGGUGUUGCAGAAAAUGUUGGGCAUUGAUCUCUCUCUCGGAGAUGCACAUUAUGGAAGUUUUGUAGAGCUCCAAUCUGUGAAUCUUAAUUCACAGAUGACGGUGAAAAUUCGUGGGCUAACUAAUGGUGGUAAUCUUUUGCCCAAUCUCAUUGUGUACAAUGUUGUUCUAGAUGGGCUCUGUAAAUCAGGGAGAGUGGAAGAUGCAAAGAGAACGUUCUCAGAGUUGUUGAAAAGGGGCUUUAUUCCUGAUAACUUCACAUAUUGUACUCUUAUCCAUGGCUGUUCAUUGGCUGGUAAUAUUAAUGAAGCUUUCAUGCUUAGGGAUGAGAUGCUUAGUAUGGGUAUCGUUCCAAACAUUGCUAUAUAUAACGCUCUAAUUAAUGGUUUGUGUAAAUCUGGAAAUUUAGAAAGGGCCAUAAGGCUUUUCAAUAAGCUUUGCAUGAAAGGACUGGUCCCCAAUGUGAUCACAUACAAUACAUUGAUGGAUGGAUACUGCAAGGCUGGUAAAAUAGAUGAUGCCCUUAAGUUGAAAUCCAAAAUGAUGGAGGAAGGGAUUUCUCCUUCAGUUAUCACGUAUUCUGUUCUGAUUAAUGGUCUUUGUCAAAAAGGGGAUACAGAGGCUGCCAAAUCGCUUCUUCAUCAAAUGGGUGAAAUGGGUGUUGAUCCAAAUUUUGUGACAUACAGUACAUUAGUGCAGGGCUAUAUUCAAUCUGGUGACAUGGGUCAGAUAUCAAAGCUUUAUGAUGAGAUGCAUAUCAAGGGUCUUCUACCAGGUGUUUUGGACCAUGAAACUACAAGCCAAUCAAACAACUUUGAUGCAAGCAGCACUAUGCAUGCAUAGCAUGUCUGAAGUUGCCCGUUGAUGGGGGAACUGUAAAUAAAUAGGCGGAAAGAAAUUAUUUGCAUGGAGGUAAAAGUGUUGAGGAAGACCUAUGUGGUGGAGGAGGUGAAGAAAGAGAGGAUGGGGCAGAAACAAAAGCCAACAAGUUGUAUUCUAAUGCAUGGAUCUACUAAAGCAGUAUAUUCAGGCUUUGCGCAAGGCUUUCUGGUUUCUGCACGAGGAGUUUAUCAAUGGACAACCUUUCAUGUGGAAAUGUUACUACACUGAAUUGUCUAAUUAUUUUAGCAUCCUUUGAGCUAUCUUAGAAUAGAUUUUGGCAUCAACUGUCAUCAUUCAAUUGGUAUGUACUAGUCGAGUGCUCCAUGAACGUUCUCCAUGAACAUUACUCUUUCCCUUGGACUAGAAAUUGGAACAGGGUCUCCCUUUAGAGUAUUCAUGAACAUUCCUUGACUGAGAUUUGGAAGUUCCACUCAUAUUUUAAGCAGGAGAGUCAGAACUAAGAGAAGUGGAUUGGUUGUAAUGAUCAACAGAAAAGAAAGAAAAGGUGAACUGGUAGUGCAUGCUAUAUAGUACUCUGUAAGCUUAAAUGGUGAUAAACUCUGCAGACUUAUAUCAUCAGCACGCGUCGAGGUUUGUUCACAAUGUUCACACAAAGCAACAAGCUUCUUUGAAUUUUUUUCAUCUACUUAUGUUACAAGCCCCGAUCUAUAGCAUCCAUAGUGUUAAAUUGCCCAAAUAAUAAGCACCUAUGGUUUUAUCUUUUAUCUUACUAUUCAAAGGAUGCCAUGCACUAUCUUUUGGGGGAAUGACACGUAUUAUCCUCGACCUUCUUUCUAAUGCAGAAGAGCACUAUCUUUGCAGUUUACACCCUACAUUUUCUUGAGAAAGUAUGCAUUCACAGCAUAUGUUCAGAUGAAAUUUUACCUUCUAAUUAUUUGCCGAAUAACCUGAUCAGAUCCAAUUUCAUACUCAUUUCAUUUGUUGUUUAAUGUGCUCAAAUUGGUUCCAGGUGAAUUCCCAACUUUUGCACUCCCUGCUCAUGAAUGGCUGAAAAAGGUAUUAAGCUUCUAAAGUCAUUACGAGCAUCUCCUAAGGAUUUGAGGUGCCUUAAGUCCUCCAGUUCAUGUUUUCAAGCUACAUGAUAGACCUGUAUAUAAAAACCUGAGAUGGUAACCAAGUGCCUGUUGCCAACUGUUGCAUUCCUUGCUUAUCCAUGGGUGGAAAAAGUGUAAAUAUUCCAAUGUCAUCACUAAGCAUCUCUGAAAGAAUCAAGGUGCCUUAAUUCCUCCAGUUUAGGUUAUUAAGGCACAACUUUGAUCGGUAGAAUGCAAACAUCAGAUGAUAGUUAUUUCAGUAAAUAUGUCUUUGAUAAAUUGCUGACAUUGCUGGAAAAUGAAAAUGGCAAAGAGCAAAUGGGUCCUUUUGUAAAAGAGGAAUUUGGGGCUAUCAUAUCUUAUCAAUAGUAGAAAUCAACUCAAGGCAUAGAUGGUCAAGCUGGUGGGUGCCACAAUGGCUCGGCUCGAGUUUCAUUAUUAGCAUGGGUCGUUGACCCCUUUCCUACUGAUCUGCCUAAUAAAUUUUGUAUCAAUUUAUUUAGAUGGCGGGAAGAUAUUGGAUAUGUUAUAUGGUAUAAGAUUCUAUUUGUUUUGGGUGUCAGUUGAUUUGUGAUGGUUCCUUCUUGAUUUGUAGCGGCUCCUUGUAAAUCUUUAUGGGUUAAUGGUGGGCCAUUGAUAGAUUCA